AUGGAAUCUGAAUUUUGGCCAGAUUUUGAUUAUAAAACAGUAGGUAAGUUGAUUCUUGAAGAUAAUAGCGAAUAUGUAGGUUAUAGUAUAGGUUAUGAAGGAUCUGAUGAAAAAAACAAUUCAGAAAAAAAUUCAUAUUUAAAAAAUGAUAAUUUGAAGGAAGAGUUGAAAAAAAAUAAUAAUUUGAAAGAUGAUUUGUUAUUUAAAAAUAGUAAAAUUGAAAAUGAAGAUUAUAUCGUAACAGGAGAAGUAAUAUUCAACACUGCCAUGGUUGGAUAUACGGAAGCAUUAACAGAUCCGAGUUAUUUUGGUCAAAUUUUGAUUCUGACAUUUCCAUCAAUAGGUAACUAUGGAGUUGAAAAAGUUAAUUAUGAUAAUUUUGGUUUAGUUAAAAAUUUUGAAAGCAAUAAAAUUCAAAUUCAGGGAUUAGUAAUUUGUGAAUAUACAAAAAAAUCAUCUCAUUAUAAUUCUGUUAUUACUCUAAGUGAAUGGUUGAAAAUUUACAAAAUACCAUGUAUAGGUGGAAUAGAUACAAGAGCUUUAACAAAAAGAUUAAGAGAAAAAGGAAGCAUGUUAGGAAAAAUAAUAAUUUAUAAAAACAAAAAUAAUAUGAAUAAAUUGUAUAGAGAAAUAAGUUUAUUUGAUCCAGGUCAAAUUGAUACCAUUAAAUAUGUAUGUAAUCAUUAUAUUAGAGUAUUCAAAUUAAAAAAUGUUUUUUGUAAUUAUAAAACUAAGGAUGAUCUCAAAACAAUAAAUGAUAUUGAUGAAUCUCUUCAUGAUGAACAAGAAAAUGAAAAUAAUGCAACAAGUUUUUAUAAUUAUCAAAGCACUUCAAAUAUGGAAAAAAGUGAUGAUAAAAAUAUAGAUCAUUAUUCUUUGUUAAGAGACAAGAUGAACAUAUUAACAUCUUCAGAUGAAAAUUUUAAAGAUAGUAAUCCUUUUAAUAGUAAUAAUACAAAUAGUGAAGAACAUGAUUUAUUUUUUAAUUUGUAUAGUUCUUGUGAGUAUAAUAAAUAUUUAAUUGAUUUAGAGGACAAUUCUUUGAUUCAUAAUCAAAAUGUAGAUGAAUAUGGUUAUUAUGAUGUUGAAAAAAGUAUAAAUAGUGUCCUAAAUAAAAAACAUUUAAAAGAGAAUAAUACCAAUGAUAGAAUGUUAAAUGGAGGUAGCUAUAUUAAUAAAGAACAAAAUUGUAUGCAAAAAGAUAAAGAUAAUUCUAAUAAAAAUUUCAAUUUAAAUAAUGAUUAUUCUUCAUAUAUUAAAAAAAAAAUGAAUAAUGAAGAAUUUUUAAAUUUAGUAAAUAAGAGAAAUUAUAAUACAGAAAAAAUAAUCGUCAUUGUUGAUUGUGGUAUUAAAAAUAGUAUAAUAAAAAAUUUAAUGAAAAAAGGGAAGGAUCUUCCUAUCACUUAUAUUAUUGUACCAUAUUAUUAUGAUUAUAAUGCAAUUGAUUAUGAUGCAGUUUUAUUAUCCAAUGGACCAGGAGAUCCAAAAAAAUGCGAUUUUUUAAUUGAAAUAUUAAAAAAAAGCUUACAAAAAAAUAAAAUUAUAUUUGGUAUAUGCUUAGGUAAUCAAUUAUUAGGUAUUUCAUUGGGAUGUGAAACUUAUAAAAUGAAAUAUGGCAACAGAGGAGUAAAUCAACCAGUUAUUCAUUUAGUAGAUAAUAAAUGCUAUAUUACAUCUCAGAAUCAUGGUUAUUGUUUAAAAAAGAAAAGUAUACUAAAAAAAAAAGAAUUAGCUAUUAGUUUUAUAAAUGCAAAUGAUAAAACAAUAGAAGGUAUAACACAUAAAAACGGAAGAUUUUAUAGUGUUCAAUAUCAUCCUGAGGGUAACAAUGGCCCUGAAGAUACAUCAUUUUUGUUUAAAAAUUUUCUUUUAGAUAUAUUUAAUAAAAAAAAGAAUUUCCGUGAAAAUAUUGGAUAUAACUUAAUUUAUAUUAAAAAAAAAGUUCUACUUCUUGGUAGUGGUGGAUUAUGUAUAGGACAAGCAGGAGAAUUUGAUUAUUCAGGAACUCAGGCAAUUAAAAGUUUGAAGGAAUGUGGUAUUUAUGUAAUAUUAGUUAACCCCAAUAUUGCAACAGUACAAACUUCUAAAGGAUUGGCAGAUAAAGUAUAUUUUUUACCAGUGAAUUGUGAAUUUGUAGAAAAAAUUAUAAAAAAAGAAAAACCUGAUUUUAUUUUAUGCACCUUUGGUGGACAAACUGCUUUAAAUUGUGCUUUAAUGUUAGAACAAAAAAAAGUUUUAAAAAAAAAUAAUUGUUUAUCAUUAGGUACAUCUCUAGAAUCUAUAUUAAUAACAGAAAAUAGAAGUAUGUUUGCUGAAAAAUUGAAAGAAAUUAAUGAGGUUAUAGCUCCUUAUGGAAGUGCAAAAAAUUUAGAAGAAGCAAUUGAAGUCGCGAAUAGAAUUGGAUAUCCUAUUUUAGUACGAACAACAUUUUCCUUAGGUGGAUUAAAUAGUAGCUUCAUAAAUAAUGAAGAGGAAUUAAUACAUAAAUGUAAAGAAAUAUUUUUACAAACAGAUAAUGAAAUAUUUAUUGAUAAAUCUCUAAAAGGAUGGAAAGAAAUAGAAUAUGAAUUAUUAAGAGAUAAUAAAAACAAUUGUAUAGCUAUAUGUAAUAUGGAAAAUAUAGAUCCCUUAGGUAUUCACACAGGGGAUAGUGUAGUUGUAGCACCUUCUCAAACUUUAAGUAAUUAUGAAUAUUAUAAGUUUAGAGAAAUAGCCCUUAAGGUUAUCGCACAUUUAAAUAUAAUAGGUGAAUGUAACAUUCAAUUUGGUAUUAAUCCUAAAACAGGAGAGUAUUGCAUUAUUGAAGUGAAUGCAAGAUUAAGCAGAAGUUCUGCUCUUGCUUCAAAAGCAACUGGAUAUCCUUUGGCAUAUAUAUCUGCAAAACUUGCUUUAGGUUAUGAUUUAAUUAGUUUAAAAAAUAGCAUAACAAAAAAAACAACUGCAUGCUUUGAACCAUCUUUAGAUUACAUUACGACUAAAAUACCAAGAUGGGAUUUAAAUAAAUUUGAAUUUGCAUCAAAUACAAUGAAUAGUAGUAUGAAAAGUGUAGGAGAAGUUAUGUCAAUUGGUAGAACCUUUGAGGAGUCUAUUCAAAAAUCAUUGAGAUGCAUUGAUGAUAAUUAUUUAGGUUUUAGUAAUACUUACUGCAUUGAUUGGGACGAGAAAAAAAUUAUAGAUGAAUUAAAAAAUCCUUCCCCCAAAAGAAUAGAUGCUAUUCAUCAAGCGUUUCAUUUAAAUAUACCAAUGGAAAAAAUUCAUGAAUUAACUCAUAUUGAUUAUUGGUUUUUAUAUAAAUUUUAUAAUAUUUAUAGUUUACAGAAUAAAUUAAAAACUUUAACUUUGAAUCAAUUAUCUUUUUAUGAUUUAAAAUAUUUCAAGAAACAUGGAUUUAGUGAUAAGCAAAUUGCUUUUUAUUUAUCUUACAAUUCAAAGGUAACCGAAAACGAUGUAAUGAGAUAUAGAGAAAAUAUUGGUUUAUAUCCUCAUAUUAAAGUCAUUGAUACCCUUUCAGCUGAAUUUCCUGCAUCAACUAAUUAUCUUUAUUUAACAUAUCAAGGAAUGGAGCAUGACGUUCUUCCCUUAAAUAUGAGAAAGAAGAAAGUGUUAAUAAAUAAGAAAAAGGAAAAAAAAAGAAAUAUGUUAAGCUCUGAAGAAGAAAAUGAUGAAGAGAGAGGGAAACAUAAAGAGGCAUCAUAUAAUAAUCAUUCACAUGAUGACAUAAAUAAUUUAACAUAUAAUGUAAAUAUUGAUUCACAUAAUAAUAUUUUAAGUAAUAAUUUAACAAUAGAGAAACAUAACAAUGUUCCUUUUAUUCAAGAACAGAACCAUUCUAAUAUUGUAGAAUCUUCUCAUAAAAUGUUCAAUAAAUAUGAAAAAGAAGAAAAGAGUAUAGCAUCUGAAGAAACAAAUAUAGUAAGUGGACAAAAUUCUUUAAAUAAUUUAUCAAGCAAUAACGAAAAUAUAAUUUCAAACAUUAGUAUUAAUAACUUAGGAAAUGAUAAAAAAGAGAUUUAUGAUGGUACGAAUUACGAAACUUUAAUUAAAAAGGAAUUUUUAAAAAAAGAUAACAUUCCAAAAAACAGUAAUAGUUAUAAUUUACAACAAAAUAAUGACAGAAACAACAUAAUCACUAGUAAUACAGGGAACAGUAAUUAUAAAAAGGAAACAAAAAUAAUUAACACGAACAAAAUUUGUAAAAAAACAAAAAAUAGAGAUUCACUUAAUAAUAUUGAUGAUAAUUUAUCUAAUGGUACAUCUCAUUCUACAAAUGAUCAAUUAUUUUUAGAUAAUUUUAAUACUUCAGAAGAAGAAAUAGCAAAUAAAAACAUGGAUACCUAUUUAUUAGAACAAAAUAUUUCUAACAAAAGUUCUAGUAACUCUUAUUAUAUUGUUGAUUCAGUUUAUAACAAUGAAUAUAAAAUAAAUAAAAUGAAAGAAUUGAUAAACAAUGAAAAUAUGAGCAAUAAUACAUUACAUAAACGUAAUCUAUUGAAUAAUAAGGAAGAUAAAAAUAAUUUAUCCUUGAGUAAUAAUAAUAAUGCAUAUAAUGAAAAAUGGGAAAUUGAAAAAAAAAAAAAAAAUAAAAAUAAAAUAAGAGGAAACAUUAGUGAUAGAGAUGAAGAUAAAAAUGAAUUUGAUUCUGAAAUAUCUAUGCAUAAUUUUACUAAAUCAAGUGAGGAAGACAAUGAAGAUGAUUAUGAAUCGUAUUCAUAUACAUCUGAUAAUAAUUCCUAUGAUGAUUACGAAGAAGAGAAUAAUUCGUUAUCAUCAGAAGUUUCUGAGAAUUUGUCUGUAUUUUCAGAAAAUGAAAAUAUAUUUAAUGAAAAAUAUAAUGGUAUUGGUUUUAAAAUAAUUGAUAAUAGAGAUGAAAAAGAAAAAAAAAUAAAAAAAUGUUUUAUUGUAUUAGGAUGUGGGUGUUACAGAAUUGGAAGUUCAGUUGAAUUUGAUUGGAGUGCCAUACAUUGUGUAAAAACUAUAAGAAAAUUAAAUCACAAAGCUAUAUUAAUAAAUUGUAAUCCAGAAACAGUAAGCACUGAUUAUGAUGAAAGUGAUAGGUUAUAUUUUGAUGAAAUAACAACAGAAGUUAUCAAAUUUAUUUAUAAUUUUGAAAAUAGUCAUGGUGUUAUAAUAGCAUUUGGUGGUCAAACGUCCAAUAAUUUAGUUUUUAGUUUAUAUAAAAAUAAUGUGAAAAUACUAGGAUCAAGUGCAAAAAGUGUAGAUUGUUGUGAAAAUAGAAAUAAGUUUUCUCAUUUAUGUGACUCCUUGAAAAUUGAUCAACCAAAAUGGAAUAAAUUCACAAAAUUAUCUAAAGCAAUUCAAUUUGCUAAUGAAGUAAAAUUCCCUGUAUUAGUAAGACCAUCUUAUGUAUUAUCUGGUGCAGCUAUGAGAGUUGUAAAUUGUUUUGAAGAAUUGAAAAAUUUUUUAAUGAAAGCAGCAAUUGUAAGUAAAGAUAAUCCAGUUGUUAUUUCAAAAUUUAUUGAAAAUGCUAAAGAAAUAGAAAUUGAUUGUGUUAGUAAAAAUGGAAAAAUUAUUAAUUAUGCUAUAUCAGAACAUGUAGAAAAUGCAGGAGUACAUUCAGGAGAUGCUACAUUAAUAUUACCAGCACAAAAUAUAUAUGUAGAAACUCAUAGAAAAAUUAAAAAAAUAUCUGAAAAAAUAUCAAAAUCAUUAAAUAUAUCAGGUCCAUUUAACAUACAAUUUAUAUGUCAUCAAAAUGAAAUCAAAAUAAUAGAAUGUAAUUUAAGAGCUUCAAGAACAUUUCCUUUUAUAUCAAAGGCGUUAAAUUUAAAUUUUAUUGAUUUAUCAACAAGAAUACUAAUAGGAUAUGAUGUGAAACCAAUUAAUAUCUCUCUAAUAGAUUUGGAAUACACUGCUAUUAAAUCUCCCAUAUUUUCAUUUAAUAGAUUACAUGGUUCUGAUUGUAUUUUAGGUGUUGAAAUGAAAUCAACAGGAGAAGUAGCAUGCUUUGGUUUAAAUAAAUAUGAAGCUUUGUUGAAAUCUUUAAUAGCUACAGGUAUGAAAUUACCAAAGAAAUCCAUUUUGAUAAGUAUUAAAAAUUUAAAUAAUAAAUUAGCUUUUGAAGAACCAUUUCAGUUAUUAUUUUUAAUGGGAUUUACUAUUUAUGCAACAGAAGGAACUUAUGAUUUUUAUUCAAAGUUUUUAGAAUCUUUUAGUAUUAAAAAAGGAUCUAAAUUUCAUCAAAGAUUAAUUAAAGUACAUAAUAAAAAUUCCGAAAAUUUACUACCAAAUAUAACAGAUUUAAUUAUGAAUCAUAAAGUAGAAAUGGUUAUUAAUAUAACUGAUGCAUUACAUACUAAAGUUGGUUCGAAUGGAUAUAGAAUAAGAAGACUUGCUUCCGAUUUUCAAGUUCCUUUAAUAACAAAUAUGAAAUUAUCAUCUUUAUUCAUUGAUUCAUUAUAUAGAAAAUUUUCAAGAAGAAAAGAAAAUAAAUCUUUCUACACAAUUAAAAGUUAUGAUGAAUAUAUAAAUUUAGCUUAA